UGACGUUCUGCGCUUUCCCAUUAAGGAGCUGACUCACACGGUGACGGCAGAAAGAGAGAUCUUGAGAGAAAGAAGCAGAGAGAGCGAGAGAGAUAGACAGCAAAGGAGAUUAGGAGAGGCGAUAGCGAAAGGCUGUUUGUGAGUGCAGACUCUGGCAGCUGCAGAGAGGACAGUGUCAGCUGCGAGUUUGCCGAGUGUUGCCCCAUCGCUCGAGUGGAUGAUGUCUACAGCGGAGGAGAGCCGAGUGGCAGCGGUGACUCCACUGAAACUGACCGGGCUGGUGUGUGUGGUCCUCUCGCUCUGUUUGGACGUGGUGGCCUUGCUGAGUCCAGCCUGGGUCACUGCCGAUAGUCACUUCUCACUCUCCCUCUGGCAGAGGUGUUUCCGACCGGGCUCGGUUCCCGACAGCGAGUGGAGCUGCAACUGGGCUCUGGGCAGCGAUUGGGAGAUUGCCACAGUUGCUUUGCUUCUGGCUGGAGCAGCCAUUAUUUUCAUUGCCUUUCUGGUGGCCUUGAUCUCAAUCUGCCAAGGAACCCGUCGGAGAUUCUACAGACCUGUGGCUGUCCUGUUGUUUGCUGCAGUUGUUCUCCAAGUAUGUGGACUCAUUUUGUAUCCAAUCAAAUUUGUGGAAACAGCCACCAUGCGAACAUAUCAUGAGUUCAACUGGGGUUAUGGCAUUGCCUGGGGAGCUACCAUCUUCUCAUUUGGGGGAGCCGUUCUUUACUGCUUAAACCCGAAGAACUAUGAUGACUACUACUAGACCAGAACUGAUUCCACUGACAAAUUUAAAGUAGAGCUCACCACCUAUGCUUACUUGCUGUUCUCUCAGUUGAAGUGUGGUAUUUAACCUGUCCUAUCAAUGCACUAUCCACUUUGGCUAUAAUGAAGAUAAUUGUUUUAAAUCCUGCACCACACUGAAGAAACUCUAGAAAAAGUUAUGGCUGAAUUUUUUGUACAUUGGCAGUUUUACAUAUGGAUGGCUAGAAUGCAGACUUCUGAUAGUGUCACAUCAUCUAAGAAGAAUCACAGAAGAGGUUGGUUUACAGCGAAGAAUAUUAAACAAAAACCACAACUGCAAGAUGUUCACUUCUAUCUGUCUGCUCGAAAGAACUUACCCUGACUCUGAUAGUUUUGUGUUUCCUGUAUUGAUGCUGGGAACUUAUGCCUCAUCUUUGGAUUUGGUUCAGAUAAAGUAUGUCAACUGCUGAUUGUUCUGUGGUAACCUAAGUAAAACUGCAUGCUUGUAUCCAUUUACUAAUAUUCAGCAACAUCUUCUGUAAACUUCGUAUCCUAAUGCACAGUAGAAUUAUAUUACUCCUGUUUAUAAUUAUUACAAUGCGUUUGGAACACAAAGCAGUUCUAGUGCUGUGCUGAAGUUCCAUUUGUAUUGUCAAAUUAAAACUGCAGCAUUUUCUUUAUCAUUUUUUUACGCCUACAAAUGAAUUUUAUGAAGUAUCUUUAAAGAUAAAAAACACAACAAAUGUACAUGUACUCAGAAGCCGCUUGUUAUAAAGUCAAAGAUGAACAUUUUGAAGAGUUGAAAAGCCAGAAAGGACCUUAUAUACUAUGGUAAGCACUCUAAUUUAUUUGAGCAACUACUGUAUUUUUAUAUAGACCUCUACACACAACUUCCUGAAUAUUGUAUACUAUUCCUUAAACUGUGCCUAAAAAAACAUAUUUUGACUUAUUUUUAAGAUAAAUACCAUAUUUCCAGUAAUUUGUUACCUCUUUCUUUCUCUGUAUCUUUCCUUCUCAGAAUAAUAGCUCAAAAUUAUGUUUAGUUAUUAUAAAAUGCAAUAUUUUGGGAAGGAAAUGGGGUUUUGUUUCAACUAUAAAACACGGCAUCAGCGCUAUGAAUCAGUAGAACUGUGCAGAAUAAAUGGCCUGUAUAACUUA